AAACUACCAAAUUUAAUACCAGAAAUUUUCGCCUUACGGUUCUGGUAGUGUUGAAAAGCUUUGAGAAUGGUUGUUUAUCAACACUCGGAAGUUUGAAGGCGCCAUUUGAAGGAUUAUCUUGCCAAUUUGGACAUGCCACCGAAACGUGCCAAAAAACCAGCGGAGACCGCUAAGCAGGAUGAGCCGCCUGACGAGCUGGAUCCUUCGCAGCCUGUACUCUCCAUAGAACACUGCCGAUCCUGACGAGUGUUUCGUCGCCGGGCGGAGGAGUUGCACGCAGCCCUCCAGGGUCUCGGUCUUCCACAGCUUCAGCUACGCCUGAACCCGUCCGGAGCACCGCGUCGUGGAGCCUUCGAGCUGAACUUGUCCGCCGGUGGCAGCGAGGAUCAGGUGCAGCUUUGGUCAGGACUCAAGCGGGGUCCACCUCGUGCCCUGAAGUUUCCCAAUGCCGAGGAGAUGCACAGUCGUAUAGAGGAGAUACUGGAAGGAAAAAAGAAUCAGGAGGAUAAAUCGGAUGUGAAGGAGGUCCAAAAAGAGAAGGAGGAGGCUUUAGAGAAGGCUUUGGAAGUGAAGAAGGAGACUUUGGAGGAGAAACCUAAGCCAACGCGCAAGCGCUCCACCAGAGCCUCCACGGAGGUCAAGGAGGAGGAGGAGAAACCCUCUUCCAAUGGCCAAACGCGUAAACGUGCCACCAGAUCCUCCACAGAAGUGAAAGAUGAGCCUCCAAAAGAUGAAAACCCAGAGCCAGCUUCUACGAGCCAAAAAAGGAAGCGCUCCGCCAAGUCCUCCACUGAAGACACCUCAGCCAAGACCUCCAAACGCGCUAAGAAAUAGAAAUCUCCGCCAGCAAUAGGCCUUAUGAAGUGUGAUCGGCCAAUCCUCUCCAGGAACCGACCACACUGAACCACAAUUUUUGUUUGCCUUUGUCUGGAGGAGGUUUCUAUACAAAAUAUCACUAUAAUGUUUAAAGAAAAGCCAUUAUUGAAAAGUUUGUUAUUACAAAAUAUAUUAAAACAUCUUAGAAACCUA